CAGAUAAAGAUACAGAUACAGAUACAUACAAUGUCUACAUUUACAUUGAGUGCACAAGUCGGUGACCAGGCAGAGGCUACAACAGUAGUCGAUAAUACAUUGUUGGCAACAAGUGUUGGCAGUGGUGAUGUGGAGGUCUAUUCAACACCUUCGAUGAUAGCAUUGAUGGAGCGUGCUGCUGUGUUGACACUCAAUGGCAAGCUGGACAGUGCUUGGACAACAGUUGGCACAUCGAUCAAUAUCAGUCAUCUCAGUGCAACACCCGUUAACAUGUCAGUGCGUGCAGUGGCCACCAUCACAGCCAUUGACAACAGAAAGAUCACGUACAAUGUUGAAGCCUUUGACUCUGUCGAGAAGAUUGGCGAAGGUGUCCACGAACGAUUCGCCGUUGACAAACAGAGAUUCAUGUCUCGGACAAACAGCAAGGGUACCCCCGCC